AUGGUCGAAAAAACAUCCUUCGCCUUGAGCUCUACUUACAAACUCGACUCCGGUCCAUCCAUCCCACGCGGCCUCGACGAACUUUCAAUUCAUCAUAAACACCUAGUCGAACACUUAGGUCGCAGAGGUAUCCGCCGUAUCGCAACCCUCCUGGUAAACAAAAUUCUCGACCGCCCUUCCUGUCCGGAAGUAGAAUACGAUGCCAUCACCAAAUUUCAAUAUUGGGAUGACGUCUACUGUAAGUAA